AAAAUGAUCUUUUAGGUUUAUUUCAUUACAAGAGUGUGAACAUAAAAUCAUCAUAUCGAAACCCUAAUUCCCAAAUCACAGACUCAAUCAAAUUCAAUGGAGGGACUGUUAUCUCCCACUGAUCAACAAGCAUUGGUCUCUUCUUUCCUAGAAGUUGCUCAGGGCCAAACCGCCGCUACCGCUAGACAGUUCCUUCAGGCUACUAGUUGGAAACUUGAGGAAGCUCUUCAGUUGUUCUUGAUUGGGAGUGAAUCCGGGGUGGUGCUUCCGCCUGCUCCAUCGUCUUUUACUCCACCUUUGGAAAAUAUCGAGUCUUAUACAGAUCAAUCUCUUUUAAGUGAACAAAUUAAUCCAAGGGGUGGUGUUACUGAUGGAGAUGAAGUGCGCGCUCCCUUACCUGUUAUAAGGGAAACUCUUUAUGAUAAUGCAAUGCUGUAUGGAGCAUCAAGGCUAGGACAUAUCUCACAAGAACCAAGCCCCUUAAUUGCGUUCCGUAACUUUGAACAGGAAACAAGGCGUCCAGGGGUUUGGGAGCCAGAGCAAGGUGCCGCCUCUACAGCAGAGAGUCCCCGCGACAAUCUUGCUUCUCUUUAUCGCCCUCCUUUUCAUCUUAUGUUCAAUGGUUCUUUUGAUAAGGCAAAAAGUGCUGCUGCUAUGCAGGACAAGUGGUUAUUGGUGAACAUUCAAUCUACCAAGGAAUUCAGCUCACAUAUGCUUAAUCGGGAUACAUGGGCAAAUGAUGCUGUUUCUCAGACCAUUAGUACAAAUUUCAUAUUCUGGCAGGUAUAUGAUGAUACAACUGAAGGCAAAAAAGUCUGUACCUAUUACAGACUGGAUUCAAUUCCUGUUGUGCUUAUUAUCGAUCCCAUCACUGGGCAAAAGAUGCGCUCGUGGGGCGGAAUGGUUCAACCUGAAAGCUUAUUAGAAGGUCUGCUAACAUUCCUUGACGCCGGUCCUAAGGAUCAUCACAGUACCUUGUCUAACAAGCGUCCUAGAGGAAGUUCUAGCCCACCAAAAACUAAAGCUGUUGUUGAUUCAAAUGCAAGUAAAGAGGAGGAUGAGGAAGUUCAAAGAGCGCUAGCAGCUUCAUUGAAAAACAUGAAAGAACCAAGUGCAGUGACUGAAGGAGAUAAUGCAGAUGCAAAUGUUGAUGCCAACUUGCAAGAAACAGCCUUACCAAAGAGGCCUGCUUAUCCAACUCUGCCCGAAGAGCCUAAGGCUGAAAGAAAUCUCUUAUGCAGAGUUGGUGUACGACUUCCAGAUGGACGUCGCGUUCAGCGAAACUUCUUACGCACUGAACCAAUUCAGCUGUUGUGGUCAUUCAUUGCGGUUCAGCUGGGGGAAGAAGACGAGACAAAGACAUUUAAAUUAACUCAUGCAAUUCCUGGAGCAUCUAAAAACCUUGACUAUGAAACUAAUUCAUCAUUCGAAGAAUCAGGCCUUGCCAACUCUAUGAUUUCGGUGACUUGGGACUGAGUUAGAUUUUUAUUUUCAGACUCAAGAAUUUCGGAUUGAUAAUAUAUGAUCCUGUUUUUCAUCUUUUGUCACGAGGCUGGAUUACGAUUAUGCUGAAAGGAAAAGAGAAGUUUUAUUUAAACUCUUUUGUGUAUAAACUACGGAUCUAAGUUAUGCGUAAAAUCAAUGAAAAUAUAUCAAUUUAGCUAGUA